AUGAUACGUGUAACUGACGUUCCCGCCAAGCAGCAGCUUGUCGACAAGCUGCCCAAGCGCUUCAAAGAAAUCAAGUUUGGCAUACAAUCCGUUCAAGAUGUCGCAAAUCAAGCCGUCGUCGAGGUCUCUGAUAGACUAUUGUACGACAUCGAAAACAACCGUGCUCCGUAUCGCAAUGGGCCUCUUGAUUCUCGGCUGGGCACCUCGAGCAAGACCGGGAGAUGCUCCACGUGCCAGGACACGCUGCAGCAAUGCAACGGUCAUUUCGGCUAUAUAAGGUUAGCCUUACCGGCAUUUCACAUCGGAUAUUUGCGCUUCAUCAUCUCCAUGUUGCAAAACAUUUGCAAAAACUGUGGUUGCGUCCUGCUUGGAGAGCAUGAUCGACAGGCCUUCCUCAAAGAGCUACGACACCCGCAUCUCGACAACCUUCGCCGUACCCAGAUAUUUCUCGUCUUUUAA